CCAACUUUCCAUCAUGAACGACCAUAUCCCCGGCGGAUACGUCCUCAUCAAGGAUCUCCACGAGUGCAACGGGAACAACAACGAAGGUAUCUCCCUCGUCAAAGAUCCAGCAACGCAAACUCUUCCAAUCUGCAAGAAAAUAGAAGACUUGCGAGGAAACGGGACUGACAUGGAAGCCGAAGCCUUAGUGCAACUCGAUAAGUUCCCCAACAUCAUUAAACUGCACGACUACAACCCCGUAGACUCAACCCCCGCUGCCAUCCCCCCUUCAGAACCAGUCCCCGCGAGCGAACCCCCACGAAAAGACUCCAUCUUCCAACCCAGCUCAGUCCUAACUAAAUCACAACCACCACCCGACUCCGAAUCAGAAGCACAACUCUCACCCCUCCCAGAAACCCGCCCGCCACUAAACCACCUCUUCCUCGAAUACUGCGACCUCGGCACGCUCGCAAGCCUCACCAACACGCACGCCCAACUCGAACUCCGCAUCCCCGAAUCCUUCAUCUGGUACGUGCUCUACGCGCUCCUCAAAGCCGUGCACGCCUGCCAAACAGGUCUCGGGACAAAACCCAACUGGCGCCCCAUCACGCACCACGACAUCCACGCCAACAACGUCCUCCUCUCCUCCUCGUCCCCAGACAUCACGUCCAGCACCGGCGGCUACCCGCGCGUCGUCCUCGCCGACUUCGGACUCGCAGAGUACGGCUCUAACAACUACUGGGCCGAUGUUGUGGAUGUUGCUGCCGUAGGGAUGUCGCUGUGCUGGAGUCAGUUCGAGGAUGAUGAGAUAUAUGAGGCGAUGAGGUGCGGGAUCGGUGUUGAUAUCGCGGAGUGGCCGUAUUCCCAGACGCUGUAUAAUGUUUUGCAGGAUCUGGCUUUUGGCGACCAGAUGCGUGUUGCGGAGGCUGUGGAGAUGGUGAGGAGGGGUUGUGCGGUCGCGGAUUCGAUGGAGUAUGGCGGGAAGGUUUGGCCGUCGCGAACGGUGGUGGAUUGA